UUGACGCUGUUUGACAGCUACAGUUCUUGGGAAAUUCAACAAUUCAGUUGUUUGUGACCGAAAGCAGACUCAGAUUUUAUAUACGAAAUGGUGGCUUUGAUUUUCCUUCUAUGCUUGAUGAUCGGAGGUUCUACCGCAUCUGAAUGCGAUGGAAAGGAAUGCGAUGAUGCAAUUCUGCAAGAGUGGGAAAAGAUAAAUUACAGACCAAAUGAAGCCGACCUGAAUCGUUUAUGUCCAUCAACUUUGGAGUACUUUAAGUGUUUCGCCAAAAAUAUCAAGGAUUGCACUGGAAAAGAAGUGGAAGAAUUCAUAGAAUCUCUGGAGGAAUUCGGUAAAAUCCUUGCAGGGUCACUUUGGAAUGCAAGAAAUAUCGCUGUUGAAAUAUGUGAUGAACAUUCAACUUUACGCAGAGAUUAUCUCGCCAAUGUUGAUUGCUAUGCAGGUAUGAUUGAUGAAGCUGAAUCUGCUUGUUGGGAAAAAGCUAAAUCGGAAACUGAGGCAUUUUUAAGAAAAUAUCAUGGAGCAGAAGACGAAAGUGUUAUUUCGGGAGAACGGGUCUGUUUGGAGGAAGUGUAUGAACUGGCUUGCUUGGCUGAAAAAUUGGAGGACACUUGCAGUGAAGCUGCGAGAAGAGCAUUCCUGAAUAUUCAUGAAAAAGUCAAUCCCUCUUAUAGUUCAGCAUGUCGUAUCGAAGACCCUCUGAGUUUAAAACGAUCAUUUCUUGAUCAUUUGGGAUUGGUAGGCAAAAAAGCUGAGCUUUAUCGGUUUGUAUUUGAAAGACUCGGUAGGAACUAGGACAAGGAUUCUUUUGAAUAUCCAACUGUGAAAAUUUCUUUUUGCUUUAUAAAAAUAUAAAAUGUUUUCAGCUUUCCAGAAAUGCUUAAUUAAAGAUUAUUCAUAAAUAAACAAAAGAGAAAACAUGGUUUUAAACUGCAUUUCCCAAAUAAUGUGUGAUAUAUCACAGCGUUAAUUUCUUUAUAAAUUUUUUUUUCAAUUGAA